AUGUCGACUCUUAUGAUUCGAAUGAGGGCUUGUCUGGCGCCUUCAUAUGCUAUAAGAACAUUCAAACAAAGGACGGUCAAUAAACUUGUUGAAGUACAGUUGCUAACAGAUGUACCAAAUAUAGGAGUUAAAGGUCAGGUGUUGAAUGUCAAGCCAGGAUUUAUGAGGAACUAUUUACACGUUGACAACAAAGCUUGUUAUAUUACGCCGAAAACGCCACCAAGACUACCAGUUGUUGAUAUUGAGAUGAUUCGUGCAAGGCAAAGGAAGGAGAAACUCGAGAAAGAAGAAGCACAGAAACAAAGUAAUGCACAAGCGCAAGCUCAGUCAGGGGCAGGGGCAGAUGCAGAUGCAAAAGCAGAGGCAGAGCAAGGUCCAAUGUCAUUUUCAGAACUUUCUGAUCUUUUCAAUAUUAUGAAAUCUCCCACGAAAAAGAGUAAUCAAGUGAAACCGGAAUUGCAGAUUCAGUCUAAUCCAUACAAGUCAGAAACAGCUAUUCCGGGAUUUGAAGAAGUAAUAGACGUUCGAUACAAGUCGAUAAACGAUGUUGUUGUCAAAUUGCCCAAGUUGAUAACUCUCCAAGCUUCAGAGAUGCCAAUUGGCAGGAGAUUCAUUGCCAAAUAUAUUUCAGAGAAAAGUGGGUUUGCUGUAGACCCAUAUAUUUUACAUCUAAGCUAUAUUGAUACUCCAGAUCAGGAAAUCAAGGAGAUUAAUGAGGUGGGAAGAUACAAUGUCAAGAUCACUUCUGACAAGGAAAAUAUCACGCACACUAGAAUUUUAGAAAUUGAGUAA